GCUUCACAUUCAGCGCAGCCGAACGUGCUAGGCUUUCUAGCCGGCCCCUUAGCACAUCCAAGGUUGUUCAUUGGUCGCUUUUAGCGUCCGUCAGACAGUUCUAGCUUCCUAUUGGACAUCUUCUCCUCUGACACGGAGUGUCCAUGGCUGCUGCAGGUAGUGGAGAGGUGUACCCGACCUUAUGGGGCUUCAGUCCUGCAUUAGACCUUCAGAUGCAGUGUCUUCAGAGUACCCUUCCUCACUUAUCAACUUGUGAUGAUAUACCUGAGCUGAAUGUUCUGCUAGUAGGAUGUGGCGAUGGGAGACAUGUUCUCAAAACAAUCUGUCAGGCCCGUCGCUGGCCCCAGAGAAAGCUCAAUUUCUUCAUCAUUGAGGGUGACUUGGAGCUUCUUGCUCGACAAAUGUUGUUUUUGACUUUGGCCCUGGAAAAUCCAGAACAAAUGGGUUUACAAGAGAAAUGUGAAAUGUUUCUUGAACUUUUUGGGAACAGCAUGAUCCGUAGUAAGACUGCGGCCUACCUACAAGACAGAUGUUCGCUGUUCAUUAAAUUUGUCACAGAUCCGGAGUACCAACAGAAUGUCCUCCCUCUGCUGAAUAUGGCUUUUAUUAAGUUUAAAGAAAGAGAUGAGUUAGAAUACAUAUUUAAGUUUUGGCGAACACCUGAACCAAAGCUCUUCCCUAUUGAGAGAUAUUGGGAAGUAAAGAACCGUCAGUUUUUGGGCAAACGUUACGACUCCAGGAGAGGCGCGUAUGACUGGGAUUUAAAUAUGAAACUACAUGAUCGCGGGGCUGCCCUUAUUAGUGCUUUGGAUUACAGUCGCUGGAGAGAGAAAGGAGUUGCUUUUAUGAUACGUGAAGGAAUUUAUGAUGUCCCUAAUAAGACUCUGGCUUCUCAUAUGACUGUGACACAUAGAUGUGGGAAGGUACGGGCUCGAGGAUACUGGGGAGAUAUAACUACCAGUCCUUACAUAGCGUAUGGAAUUGAAACUGAAGAAAAGAGCCUGUUGAAAACUGCUAAUGGUGUGUAUACAAAGACAGCUGAAGAUGUGUCUCAAUACAACAUCACCUUAAUGUUUCACGAGUUCAUGACAGGACAGAAAUGCCCUCUGCCAACAUCAGAUAAAAAUGGGAGCGGAGAGGAAAGGGUGUGUAAUUUUCCAACCAAUGGUUCUGGUGGCCAGUCCACUUUCCAAGAAGAGGGUGAAUCCAAAGCACAAACUAAUGGAGAUGAGGAUCAUAAAUGUGGUGAAGCCCCGAAUUAUCUCAAGAUAGACAAUGUGGUAAUACAUUUUCUGCCACUUAGCUGGGUGAAUGAUCUUCAUCGCAGGAGCAAAUUCCUAAAUUUGUUCAACAUUGUCUAUUUUUCCUGCAGUAUGGUUCACCAUUUGACUCAAGACUACAAGCUGAUCACAGCCAGGAAAGCAACACUUAUUGUAGAAUUAACAAAGUUUAUGGUGGAUCUGCAUGUGGACAAGGUAAAAAGCUAUGUAACUAUAGUGACCAAAGUUGCAAAGGAAGCCGGAUUUGCUGCCACUGAAAACCUAGACUGGAAGAGAGAUCACGUUGCCACAUUUGAACGUGUGGACGACAGUGAAGAAGACCAGAAAGGAUUGUAAAUAAGCUUCAUGCUGACAUAUAAACUGUGUACACUACAGCUCCGUCCACCUGUCUCUGUUGUACAGAUAGAAUACUAGCUGAACAGAGUACAGUACAGUGUUGUAGCAAUAGACCAAACAUAUAUGCUGACCAUAUUUUUGCAGUAGAACUAUAUCACUGUUUAUAUGAUUUCAGUUCUUCCUUUUACAUACUGACACCUUUAUCAGCAAAAAAUAUUUACAGUGAACAUGGUGUCCGAUGUGCUGGCAGCAUGUUGUCCAGGAGCUGAGCAGACGGGUAUAGUUAUAGGGGAAAAGAGUGUAUAACCUCCUUCCAGUGAGUGGUCCUACUGAGUGAUUGACAUGGAAAGCUGCAGGAUCCGGUCAUCUUUACUGAAAUGUCCUGUUUGAUGUUGGAUGUGGCAAUGGGACAUGUGAGCACAUAGUAUUACAGUUUGAUAGAUGGUGCAUAAUAGAGAUGAGCGAACUGAAAGUAAAUUCGAUUCGUCACGAACUUCUCCGCUCGGC